CCUACGGUCCGUUACCCUCCGGUUACCAAGACCAAAGGGGACAGGGGCCUCCCUCCAGCCCCCAAGAUUUGCCCCAGGGCAUGCUGUGAGUCAGCUGCAUCUCCUCAGCCAGCUCCUCGAGACCCUCCGCCCAAACCUUCACUACCGGCCAUUUAACCCCCGGAAAGGAGGAGAGGCCAGCAUCCAGCAGGCGCUGCUUUUUAUUGCCCACAGCUCCUUGAACCUGCAGGCGUCCAAGGCAGAGAGCAUUCCCCCCAAGAACGUUGCAAUCUGUACCAGCCAUCUGGGCAGUGCUUGAGCUGCAGAAACUGGGACCAGCCCUGGAUUCUACCUGACCCUCCCCAGUAGCCUUCUCUGUAUUAGCUGCUUCUGCUGCUGCGUCAGAUACUUUCAACUGCAACUCCCUGCAAGGUGGGGCACUCAUCUCAGGCAGAAGGUUUUGGUGCACCCCACUGAUCCUACUCCUGAGGGCUGCCGCUGCCUGUGGGCUCAGGAUGAAAGGGGAGACCCCUGUGAACAGCACUAUGAGUAUUGGGCAAGCCCGCAAGAUGGUGGAACAGCUUAAGAUUGAGGCCAGCUUGUGCCGGAUUAAGGUGUCCAAGGCAGCAGCAGACCUGAUGACUUAUUGUGAUGCCCACGCCUGUGAGGACCCCCUCAUCACCCCUGUGCCCACUUCGGAGAACCCCUUCCGGGAGAAGAAAUUCUUCUGUGCCCUCCUCUGAGCUGUCCUGUCCCUCCUCAUAACUCUUCAUCUUUCCCUCACCCCAGCCCUUCCUUACUUAGGUCAGUAGCUAUAAUGAGCUCCUGAGGGUCCCUGAAUCCCAUCCUUAGCCCUGGCCCAACCCUGUGAGGUUAUCUGAAGCACAAAGCCCUCCCUCACCUAUCUGCCGUCCCCAUUUCCUCACCCACUAACCAGACCCAGAACACCCCCUAACUCGGGGCACCCUUAGUUCCAUCCCCAGAAGGGCUGUCAAACUGCCAGCAUCCUGCCCGCUUCCCUCUGUGACCCGGUCAGACAAUGGAGAGAGGGAUGGCUCUCAGUCUCACCUGGAGCUAUUGGAAGGGCAAAGCCAUUUGAAGAAUAAAGUCGUACAGUCUCAGAGGACAGCUCCUGUGUUAGCGUUCUUGGGGGAGAGGAUCAUCAGUCAAUAGAUGUGGUGGUGGGUGCGGCAGGUAGAAAGGCUUGCCAUAACCAGAGAGCAGGGCCAGUCAAAGCGGGUUAGGCACUGUCUAGGAUCGGAGAUCCGCGGGGUUGCAGGGGAUGGCGGGCACGAGAGAGCGUCUCAAGUGGAAGAAUUAAGUUACAACAGACACUUAGAGGCCACGGAGAGCAUUCACGCCUUCACACGCACACACACUAGGAGAGCAAUGAAGACAAGUGAAAAUGAAAACAGAUCGAACUGGGUGGAUUUAGAGAGAGACUCGGGAAGACAGUCGCAGACUGAAGGAAACCAGGGAAAAGGGAGGAGCUUGGUUCCAGUUCCUGAGAAGGGGCCGGUUUUAUUGCUAAGAUGGCCGCGCCCACAGCAGUUCUCCUUCCAAGAUGGCCGCCGCCAUGGGACCCGCGCCAGUAUGGUGGCCGCACGUCACCGCGUUUCACCGUACAGGGCUUCUCAGCCGGGCCCACACUUAAAAUGGCGGCCCCAGGCAUCCAGAGUUCUCAAUAUGGUCCCUUCCGUGCUCAUCUGUCUCAAAAUGGCUGCCCCUGGCCAACUCAAUACCCACUCUUACCCACCCCGAAGGCUGGAAGCCGACGUCCACCCGACCGGGGUGAAAACACACGGGCGACUAUAGCCAAGGAUUAUGGGGCAAUGGGGCCCCAGCAAGCACGCGGGUAGCAGGCACCGGUCGCGUGGAUCUUAAGAGGGAAUCUAGGUUUCUACAGUUUGCCUAGUAGAGGCCCCCUCUGGAGCGGAAACAGAAGUGUGAAGACAAUGCCCUGCGCCGUUCGUCUCGGGGCGCUGUUCCUUGGUCGCGCCCUGCCCUCCCUAGGAGUUGGAUAAGCCCGAAAUUGUUCAAUUUGGGCUUCCUGGAAAACCUGGGGCUGGCCGGUCUCGCACUUCCCAUUCAGGCCCAUUCUGUCACAUCCGCCAGGAGCAACGUCCCCGCCCCCGGUGUGCCUAUCACCAUCGCAGUGGUCCAGCAAGCUGCCUGGCCAGAGGUUUCAUGUCUCACGAGCGCCUCCCGGACUCCCUUUUGGAAGCCUUUUUCCUUCCAAGGGAAGGAAAUAUACAUACGGAGGUGGGACCAGGCUGAGGCAGAGCAGGUAAGUCUCAGGACGUCUGCUUCUUAUGGAUUGUCAACAUUCCUCCCACUCCCACCCCCCACCCGCCCCCAAUUCAGGGGUACAUCCUUCCGGGGGAAUUCUCUAUGUCCGCUCGUGCUUUAUGCCGGGAUACACUUGGAGGGGAGAAGGGCUGCCUCGUAGUAGGAAAGGGUGACCUGUAUUAGAGGUAGCACAUCAUUUCGAGCUUCCCCACAUCUUCCCAUGGGAAGACUGCAAGGGAAGGAGAAUAGAGACAAAACCAAGGGAAUAAAGGGUGUUCUACCAGGAACUGAACUUAGUUUCCUGUGAUGUUUCUACAGGUUCCAGGGGUACCCAAUGAACUUGGGGCACUUUCAGGAAUAGAAGCUUUUCAACUGUUGAUGAAUUCCUGAGCCCUAAAAGGUCCUGGAGAUAUUUCUCUCACUCCAGAGGAAGAAACAGUAAAAGUAACCUGGUGAAGCUCCUGAAAACAGUGAAAGUAACCUCCUGAAGUGGGGAGCUACCCCCGUUCUGUUCAGGAGCAUGCUUAGUUCCUUCUUGGUGCCCAUGAAAACUCCUGGGAAGAUCAAGUCUGUUUUAACCCCCGCAUCCUCACAGUCUCUGGCAUAUAGCAGGCAUUCAAAUAUCUAACGAAUGUGUUGUACUAUUUGUACUUAAAUGGCAAGCAGGGCAUAGAAGGCACUAAAAUAACCUCUUCUACGGUAUCACAGCGUUGGGCAAAUUCCAGAGGAGUAAGUGAAAAUUUCCAAGUCAGCUCAGACUUGGUAAACAGCUAUAAGUGCUCAACAAAAUGUAAUCUUGGUAUUAGGUUUAAGGGAGCAGGGGAGCUUUUGCUCAAUUUUUCUACACACUCAAUUCUUUAUUAUGUUCUUAAGGGAACACUUCACCCUUCUGCAUGUCAUCCUUGUGCAGGGACCAUGUUUCCCCGUAUUGUCCCAAAUUUAGCAUAUGUGCUGCUGAAGGGAGCACUUAAUUUUCAUACUCAUCAGAUUGGGGGGAAAGGGGACUUAACGGUUACUAGAGACAAGGUGUGAGCUUUAAGUAACCAUUUAAAAUGAUUAGCUGCAACAUUGAGUAACUUUAAAUAUCCUAGCAGAUGGGCAGACACUGAAAUCAAGGACAGCCUUUGGGUCCAAAGCUGUAAGCCCCUGGGGUGGGAACCUGUGUCACAUAGAGGGAAGAGUUAGAGCAGUAUCUAGUUCUGCAUCACUACUACUUCAAAACACUGACGUCUUGGGCCUGUGGCAUCCCAGCCUUAAUAAAUCCCUCACCAUUUAUUAGAAGUUACAAUCAAGAUCAGUUCAGUGCUAGAAAUGCAAUAGUGCUUUUAAUUAUAGUUACCUUCUCAUUCUACAAACUCACUAGGAAAGAAUCCCCAUCAAGUAUCUUCUGUUGAAUAAGUACCCUUUUCCUCUUAAGUGAUUAUUCAUUAAUAAACUUACUUGGCUUCUAAAUGGAACCCUACAUUUAACUUCAAGCAUCCAAAUGGUGUGAGUAUAGGCCAAAUACACAGAGGUCAUGAGUUAUAAUUUUUCUUCUACUCCAGUGAGUCUUAGUAAAAGCAUUAAGCCGGCAAUCCCUGAGGGAAGGUAUGGCAGAAGAGGAGGGGAAUCAGCCAUGAAAGAGGAAAGCCAUUCUUGGUUGGAACCCAGGACCCUUGAGGAAGCAGCAUCAGAAAUCAAUCAAUCCCCAAUGACACACUCCACCCAGUCAGUGCAGCCACAGGACAUAGGGUGAAUUCAAUCCAAACGGUUAUUUAUUCUAAAACUGGAAGCUACCGUCGUGCCUACAUUUUUGCCAGAAUGUUGUAGUGACAACAGGGGAGGAAAAAGUUACAGGUGUAAACAAUGACACAGUUACAUUUUUUUUUUUUAAUGAUAAAACCCUUUUUUACUGGCCACUUCCAAGAAUGCUUUACAGGUUGUGCAAAAACAUUUACAGGCUCCAUGUGGUGUUUGUUUUUCUCACAAGCUUUUCCAUCUACAGUAACUACGACAGACGUCCGAUUAAACACUAAACAAGCCUUCUAAGGAAAACAAGGCUAGAGAUCCCUCCUGUUAAUCCACAUUUUCCCCCUUAACAUUUUUUUUCACAAUAAAAAGACAAAAACAAAACCCAGACAUCUACUGUUGUUUUGAGUGAUCUCUUGGACUAAACUGACAAGGAUGUGGCAGUUUCACUCU